ACGGUCGCGCGUGCAUUGCUCAAGGUGGCUGUUCCCGCAGUCUGCCGUAGGCAUUCAUCGUGCGUGUAUCGUGUGACGUUACUGCUUCGUUCAGCUGCUAUUGUUGCUUCUGUCUCUGGCAUUUUCGUAUUGUUGUUUCAUUUUAUUUUAACGUUUGAACGUUCGCGGAAGAAGGAAAAAAAAAGAAGAAGAAGAAGAAUAACGAGAAGUGAGAAAGACAGAGAGAGAGAGAGAGAAAGAGAAAAAUAGAUACAAAGGAAGGAAGUAAGGAAAAACAUAAGAAAAAUAUGAUAGUCAAUCUCGACAUGAAGAGGUGACUGAACGAACAAGACGGCGAAAAAGAGUUUUUCUCGUGUGCGUGUGUGUUCGCGCGCGUAGUGUUCGUACAUGCGUACUUACGUACGUACGUGUGUGCGCGCGUGUGUGUGUGUGGUUAACGGGGAGUAAAGGAGUGUGAAUAUUAGUAAUAUUGAUUGGUUAUAAUAUAAUAAUAGGAAGAGAAUUGUGUAGAUCGACAAAGUAAGAUGGCGGAAUUAUUCGGUAUGAGAGUUUUCGUUCUCGUGUCCUUACUCGUUGUACUUUCCGGUGGAAACGAGUUGAAGGACUACUGUUCCAUGCACAAGUUUGAAAAUCUACCGGGUGGAUUGAGAUUUACGAAGGAAGUUGUAACGACCGAAUAUGCUAACGUAGGAUCCUUCAAAUCUCUUCAUUGUUGUCUACGAGGCUACAGGAGCAUCGAAUGGUACAAGGAUAAUAGAGCUUAUCCUUGGCCAGGUGGUGAGAGCCAUUUCAUCCUUUACCCGGAGAGCGCGAAUCAAACGAUUUACACGCAAGAGGUUAGAUCCUCGGAUGCUGGACGUUAUUCCUGUCAAGCGAGAAACGAUACGACGAUCUUGGAAGGUGACAUCACCCUCACCGUACUCGGAGAAGAGUCGGGUGGUUACACGGGAAAGCCAUUGCCCACUUACAGGCCGGCAUCGCAAUUGGUUCCUUUGGGCGGUGCUGCAAGACUCUUCUGCGAAGCUUAUCUCGGUAAAGUGGAACUUCCUGAUGCCAAAAACUCCGUGACCUGGUCGAAAAGCGACAGUAACGUAACCUUACCAAGCCAUGGUAGGAUAGCACAGCAUAGAGUAUCCAGAGAGAACGAUCAAAUCGUCGGUUCCUAUCUUGAGAUAGAAGAUAUAACCUUGGAGGAUUAUGGGGAAUACAAGUGCGAGGUUAGCAAUGGUGUCGACGAAGAAAUCACUUUGCCUGCUCAUAUUUAUCGUCAAGAGCCACAAUUCACGUUGGAUCUUCAAAACGAUUCCUGGAGAAAACCGUUUCUACUUGCCGUUCUGGUCCUGGUAUUACUAUUCUCUGCUGUAGCCUUCUAUGCCCGUUGUUGGUUACCUCUGGUGGUUCUAUGCCGCGACAAAUUCGCCCGACUCGAGGAGAACGACGGAAAGGAAUGCGACGCGGUUGUGUGUUACCACGAGAAGGACUCCAGCUUGGCCAUUGGUAUCAUCGUACCAACUCUUGAGUCGAGGCAUCGAUAUAAAUGCACCACCUUGGAACUCUCCUGUCUCAGUCAGAACUGGAAUCUGGAAAUUGGACCGCAUGCAAGUACGGCUAGGCGUGUAAUCGUUGUGCUGAGUCCAGCAUCGUUAAGUGACGUUUGGACGGAGGCAAGCGUACUGCCAAUACUGAAACAGCUUGCUGGCCUAUCGACAACUACAAUCGCAGUGAUGCUGAAGGAUUUACCGAGUACAACGACGAUGGGGAAACCAUCAUCUAGACGCGGUGAUCGAACCGACAGCGACUACGUCCUCUUCGAUCGUUUAAAGAUCCUUCGAUGGGACGAAUCAAACACAGUCGAUAAAUCCUUAAAUCCACUUUCCUCCUCCUCCUUUUCAUUCUCUUCGACAAGUUUCCUAUCAUCGGGCGAUCGCCGUAAGUUUUGGUACAAGCUAAGACUCGCGAUGCCACCGAUGAGACCAAUCGGAAACGAGAGUACCUGCCAAUCGGUCGCGAUGAUCGUCCAAUCGAACGGCAAGUGCGGACAACAGAAGGCACGUUCGCGCGAGAGUCUCGAAGUUCUCGUUUAAUUUAACCCCUAUUUUUAUUAUUUCCUUUCCACGCAGUCUCUAUUUCCCAAUCUCCUAUUUCAUCUCUAAUACUUUUAUUAUUAUUAUUAUUAUUAUUAUUAUUAUUAUUAUUAUUAUUAUUAUUAAUUAUUAAUUAUUAUUAUUAAUUAUUAUUAUAUUAUAUUAUAUUAUUAUUAUUAUUAUUAUUAUUAUUAUUUUAUUCAAUUUCAUUAUUUCUCUGUCUCUCUCUCUCUCUCUCUCUUUUUUUUUCUCUCUCAUGAAAUCUUUAUAUGAGAAUUAUGAACAAAGUGAUUGUAUUGUCGAAUCAUUCGGAACGCUUCUAAAAAUUUUUUAAACGAAUAUUUCUAAAAGAAAAAUUAGAAACUUUUUAACUCUUUGACCAUCAUGCACAAGUUCAAGAGAAGGGAUGAGAAGAG